UUGAGGCCAGUUACAAUUAAGGGUAAAGGUGCAAUGUUUCCGCUGCUGGAUCACACUUGUAUCCCGAGGGUUGGCUGUCAACCCUGGAGGAGGUCCAGCCCAGAUGGAGCAAGACGAUACGAAGGAGCUUAAAGGCACGAGCCGACUGCGGGAGGUCGAAUGAGGGUCAGUUUGGUGUUGUAUGACCUGAGCUGCACCCUGGCACUGUAACGCUCUUUUAAACGGGCUGCUAGCAGCCAAAUACACAGACAGGUGACUAAUUAAAGGGAAAACCUGAGUGGAGGAACAAAACUAAUGCAGAUGCCUCCGUGCAGGGUACGAGCGGUCACCUAAAGGUUUGAUGCGUAUGAAAAUCAUGCUAUGACCUUCAGUCACCAGAUCUCGACCCAGCUGAAUGCCAUAUGGGAGAUUAUGAACUACCAUACCAAGACUAGUAGUGGAGGAAGUAUUCAGAUCCUGUACUUCAGUAAAAGUACUAAUACCACACUAAAAAUAUUCCAUUACAACUAAAAGUCCUCCAUUGAAAGUGAUACUUAAGUAAAAGUACUUAACAACUGAAGUGUUCCUCAGCAACAGUGAGCCGCAAUCCAACGUUUUCCAGUCUGUUACCAUUGAGUGAGGGUGCUUUCUACCUGAAGUUCAUUGUAUCACAUCUACAUUUCCUGGACGUUCAACCAACACUCACUUAGCCCCUUCUGUUCACCACCUGUUCCCUCCGUCUGUAAGCUGACCUGGGGAAGAGGGAAAAGAGGUGGCGUCCACCUGACCAGCUCCAGCCAUGCAUCAUUGAUGAACAUGCAUCAUUGAUGGCAUCCGAUGCCCACAGGGCCGUCCAUGUGUGGCGGGAUACAUCAGUUUCUAGUUUAACUACCAGAGGGCAUUUUCAGGUAAAUUCUCCUCCAGGUGUGACACAGUUUCAGAGAGCAAUGAGUGGCACCGCUGGAGCUGCACCCCCGACAGCCGUGCUCGGCUUGGGUUUGGACAUCCGUGGACCGUGGCAUCAGAGAGCGGUCCAGAAGAGCAGAGCUCUGGUUCAGACCUACCUGCUCACCAGCUCUGUUCACCCUCCACCCACAGCAGGAGGAAGCAGGGGGACCAAGACCCCUCUGAGGCUGCCGUCACUGGUAGCCACAGCCAAAGGGCCCCGCAGGCGAAGCAGCAUGACUCGUCUCAGCCUCAGCGAGCCGUCCCUCCUCACCCCAAAUGAGAAUGUCUUCCUAUUCGAGGGAUUCUCCAGCAACCGUCGCACCAGUGUUUUACAAAAGCGACCCCCACCUCCUCCAUUUUCCAAGUCAUCAGUCCUGCACCCCUGCAGGACCUGCCACCAGUCCGGGACCAGCCAGCUCCAUCAGCAGCAGAACCACCAGCAGGUCCAAAGCUGCAGCAGACCGGCCUUUAUUCACUUCUCCCAGGCCAUCCAGCCCAGCUCCAAGCCAAGACGAGUGAGGCGUCAUUCGCACAACCCGGUCCUGAGUGCAGAGACGGUACAGGGUGACCUCCGACCUUUAGUGAUGCAGUAUCGCAACUCAUCGUCUCAGGGAGAGCCUUUGUCCUUGGUUGGGAAGCCUUGUCUUCCGAGCUGCAGUAAACGCCCCGCUGUGGCUGCCGCCGCCGGUCCGGCUCGCACUCAGCUUCAUGUGUUUCUGCCCACAGAGGCUGAAGGAGAGGAGGUGGACAGUGAAUCUGUGGAUGAGGGCUUCAUGGAUGAGUUGGACAGUAAGAUAACUUCUCUGAAGCUCCAGCAUGGAGCACCGAAGACAGUUACAUACCACUAAUACAACAAUGUUGUCGUACUAUACGGCCAAAAGUAUAUGGACAGCCCUGUCCACAUACAUUUUGUGUAUUUUGGGUCUGGGGCUGUGUUUUUUAUGAUAUGGGCUAGAUUCCUUCGUUCAAAUUAAGGGAAAUCUUACUGCUGCAGCAAACGAUGAUAUUUUAGACAAUAGCGUGUCUCCAGCUUUGUGGCAGCAGUUUGGGGAAGACCCUUCCCUGCUUCAACGUGAUAAUGCCCCCGCGCACAAAGCCAGAUCCAUUUUGGUGUGGAAGAACUCUACUGAGAGCCCUGAACUCAACCCCAUCCAACACCUUUGGGAUGAACUGGAACUGCGAGCCAGACCUGAUCACCAAACAUCAGUGUUGGACCUCACUAAUGCUCUUGUGUCUGAAUGGGAGCAAAUCCCUUCCAACAUCUGGUGGAAAACCUUCCCAGAGGAGUGGAGGCCGUUAUAGCAACACAAGUUAAAGCCUGUGGUUUUGGAAUGAAAUGUUCAACACUCACACAUGUGUGUACUGUUUGGGUGUCCACAUACUUUUGGCCAUAUAGUGUACGUCUUUAAAUGCAGCCUGGACCUAAACGUCCAUUUACACUUUGGUCUGUUAAAAGGCAACGCACUGAUAUGCAGCUAUGCUGGAAAAAAGAACCUGGGAGACAAAUUAAAAACAUGGAAGUCAUGCCGAUUAAUAAGCUACUUAUGUAAUAAGUAUGUGUAAAUAUGCCUGUAUAUAUGAACGGUUUCUUAUCAGUGACUAAACUUGGUCACUCUCUUGCAUUGAGACAGUUAAAGGCUCCUUGUUUCAUAACUAAGAAACACAGAAAUACACUUUUCAGAGUUUCCAACCUAAAAAUAAGAGCAUUUAUGUUCAAAAUGUAAUUUUCCGUAUAUUUGGUAGCAAAUGAAUCAUUUUCAUGUAUUAAUCACAUGAAUGUAUCACUGCUACCCUGUUGAAGUCAGGAGCUUGCAGACAGCUCUGCAAAUCACAGUUUGGGUAUUAAAGCAUAUGUUCUCCUAAUCGACUGUGCUUACUAUUAACAGAGUCAAAUCUACAUGUCUAGUUGUUGUAAAAUGUACAAAACAAGUGUAUCAGAAUCAGAAUCAGAAAUACUUUAUUGAUCCCUGAGGAGAAACUCUUUUG